UUCAUCUUGCCAUACUUGGGAUGCUUUCCAACUCGCGCAUGCAUCCUUUAGGCUUUACUGUGAUCAAAACAAUCUUGUCCUACCUUCCAACACCCAGAAAGUGAAUGGUAAGGUGGGUCCAUGCCUUCUUGGAGACCUUCCUAAGGUCCAUGUUACUCCACCCGAGAUAAGUGCAGAAGAUGAUGAAGAAAGCUGUUCAGGUGCUCUUCCCGCCAUAAAGAUAUAUGAUGAUGAUGUGAACAUGAGGUUUCUUGUUUGUGGGCUGGCAUGCAAAUUGGAUGCAUGCUUACUAGGAUCUCUGGAAGAUGGCCUCAAUGCCCUCUUGAGUAUUGAAAUUCGAGGGAGCAAACUUCAUAACCGGGUUAGUGCCCUUCCACCACCCCUGCAAGCAGGGACAUUUUCUCGUGGUGUUGUGACCAUGCGAUGUGAUUUGUCAACCAGUAGUUCUGCCCACAUCUCGCUUCUGGUGUCAGGUAGCGCACAAACGUGCUUUGAUGAUCAGCUCUUGGAGAAUCAUAUAAAAAGUGAAGCUGUAGAAAAGAGUCAGCUUGUUCAUGCACUGCCGUAUAGUGAGGAAAACAAACCUCCAAUGUCUGAACCUCGGAGAUCUGCUUCAAUAGCUUGUGGGGCAACAGUAUUUGAAGUUUGCAUGAAGGUCCCUGCAUGGGCUUCACAGGUUUUGAGGCAGCUAGCACAAGAUGUUUCUUAUCGAAGUUUAGUUGCACUUGGUAUCGCCAGCAUUCAGGGAUUAUCUGUUGCUUCGUUUGAGAAAGAUGAUCCAGAGCGACUCCUUUUCUUCUGUAGCAAGCAGGAGAAAGAGAUCAGUCUAAACAAUUUAAAUUUCUGCAGUCCUCCCACCUGGUUGAGACCACCUGCUCCGAGUAGAAAGAGGUCCAAAAUAUGCCAAGAAACGAACUCUGGCUCUCAAAACGGGUUGGUUUCUGGAAAUCAAGGUGCUGCCAACAAUCAAGAUCGAGAGGAGAAGGAAACUGCAUUAACAAGUGGUCUUACCACGCCCUCUGUACCUGCUAGACAGAAACUGAAAGUUGCUGCAAUGAGGCCCAUACCUCAUAUUCGUCACCAGAAAAUGCUGCCCUUUUCUGGAAUUUCUGAGGCAGAUGGGCAUGAUGGAAGCCAAGUGAAGGCUAACUUAGCCCUUUUUCCUUCCACAAAGCAAAGCAUUGUUGGACCAAAUCCUGUUACCAACCGAAAAUCAUCUUCAAGUUCAUAUCAGGCUAAGCAAAUUAUUUCCUUGAAUCCCCUUCCUCUAAAGAAGCAUGGUUGUGGGAGAAGCCCAAUACAUGUUUGUGCCGAGGAGGAAUUUCUUAAGGAUGUUAUGCAGUUUCUAAUCCUUCGGGGGCAUACUCGUCUCAUUCCUCAAGGUGGGCUUGCCGAGUUCCCAGACGCUGUACUCAAUGCAAAACGCCUUGACCUCUUCAACUUGUACAGAGAGGUGGUUUCAAGAGGUGGCUUUCAUGUUGGCAAUGGCAUCAAUUGGAAAGGACAGGUUUUCUCAAAGAUGCACAAUCACACAGUAACCCAUAGAAUGACUGGUGUUGGAAAUACACUUAAAAGACAUUACGAGACUUAUCUUCUUGAAUAUGAGUUAGCUCAUGAUGAUGUAGAUGGAGAGUGCUGUUUAUUGUGUCACAGUAGCGCUGCUGGGGACUGGGUGAACUGUGGCAUAUGUGGUGAGUGGGCUCAUUUUGGCUGCGAUAGAAGGCAGGGUCUUGGUGCGUUCAAGGACUAUGCAAAAACAGAUGGACUAGAAUACAUAUGUCCACAGUGCAGCAUUUCAAAAUUUAAAAAGAAAGUGCAGAAAAACAACAAUGGAUAUUCAUGAGGCUUAGACAGUUUCAGUAAGUUGAUUGGACAAGUCCCGUAUAUUUUCCGGUCCUCUCGGGGUUUUCUGUCAAAGGAACAAGCCGGACAAAAGAGAGAAAGGAAGAUAAUUAUUCUGCAAUUUCCAGGCACUGAUUUAUAGAAGGGGCAGGUGUCAGCCUGUGCGUGUGUGGAGGGGUGUGUGGGGGUGCAUGGAUUAUGUCGUCUUGAUGAGGGGAGGGGUUAGCCUAUUUUAUGAGAAGGGUGAUGUAACAUAUUAUUUUCUCAACGAAAUGUUUUGUAGCUGUUACAGGUUUAAAG